AUUGAUGGUUUUACAGUAAGUAAGGUGGAAAUUAAAAGAAAACCCAACUACAAUGAAAACAUAAUCGGAAGAGACGUACCGAAGAAAUCUUUGGUUUUAAAAGAAGGCGAACGUAUCAAACAUUUCCAUUUUAAAGUUUUAAGUAUGUUAGGAAAAAGUAAUAUUUUGGUUUAUAAACGCCCUUCUAUUGGAAUCAUGUCAAUUAGCUAUAAAAUAAGUGAAAAUAGAGAUAAUAGAGAUAAACUAUUUCUUAAAAAAAUAAUAAAUAAUAAAAGAAAUAAAACAAAAUGCAUCUUAAUUAAUUUGAUUAAAAAUUUCCAUUAUGAAGCAAACGAUUGUGGUAUAGCUGAAGACAAUCCUGACGCAAUAAAGCAAGCUCUUGAACAAAGUUUUACUUGUAACGAUGUUAUUAUAACGGACAGUUCAAUGGAAGAAUUGGACAUGUUAAAAUGUGUCCUCGUUGAGGAUUUUCAAGCUACUAUACAUUUUUCCGGAGUAAAAAUGAAAUCCGGAAAAGACACGACCUUUGCGACACUUAUGUAUAAUGGAUAAAGGAAAAGGGUUUUUGGCCUAACUAGUGAUCGAUUUUCCUGUGCAAUAACUUGUAUAUUAUUCAUUAUUCCUGCUCUACGCUUAAUGGAAAAAUCUCUCUACGAACGUUUUGUACGUAUUUCUAUACCACCAAAUUCAUUUAAUAUAUGUCUGCGACCAUUUAAUAAUUAUAAUUUCCCAGAGUACCAACAAUUUAAAACACCAUAUAAUAAUGAUGAUUGUCCAGACUACCAACAAGUAUAGUUAAAGUAAACUUCGGUUCGACUCCAACUGGAUGUCUCAUAUACAGCGCAUUAAGUAAUUUAGAUAAAGCAAACGGUUUACUUAUAGUUGAGCCAAAGAAAAAUUACUCAAGUAAAGAUUCAAAUGGA